AUGUCCUCUAAGCAAAGAGAGACGAAACCAUCAGUCGGAGGUUCCCACCGAUCCAUACAAGAUCUAUUUCGCCUCGACGAACGAACAAUCGUGGUUACCGGUGGAGGUGGUGUCGUCGGGCUCGAGGCUGCACGAUCUAUUCUCGAAACCGGCGGCGACGUGGUUUGUCUAGACCGCCAGGAUGAACCUCUUCCAGAGCCAUGGAAAAUCGUCGAGAAAACUGCCGCCAAACACGGAACAAAAGCCUGGUACUAUCAAUGUGAUAUCACAAAAGAAGAGGAUGUCAAGCGUGCUUUUGCCAGUGCAGUCUCCGGAGCCCGCUUCAAGCUACGUGGACUUCUCUGUUGUGCAGGAAUAAGCGGCGAAGGUCCAUCUUUGGACUUUCCUAUUGAGCAACUGCGACGAAUUGUGGACAUCAAUAUAGCCGGAACUUUUCUAUGCGCACAAGCAGCCGCUCGAGAAAUACAAAAGCAUGGAGAGCCCGGUAGCAUCGUGCUCAUUGCUAGUAUGAGUGGGCAUGUAUACAACAAAGGAGUUGACACCACCGCGUACAACUCUUCCAAGGCCGCCAUCGUCCAGAUGACGCGCUCUUUGGCUGCCGAAUGGGGUAGUCGGGCAGGUAUUCCCCUGAUCAGGGUUAACUCAAUUUCACCGGGGUACAUCAACACUCGGAUGUCGAUUGGCUCGAUGUCGGAACCUGGUAUGCAAGAGCUAUGGACAAGUGGGAACAUGUUGUUGCGGAUUAGCGAGGCGCACGAAUACCGCGGUGCAAUCAUGUACUUGCUGAGUGAUGCGAGUAGCUAUAUGACUGGAGCUGAUAUGAGAGUUGAUGGAGGACACACUGCUUGGUGA